AUGUCCCUGGGGAUCAAGCAAGCGUGGCGAGCCCGGCCGCUGUCGAUCCGCGACGCUGGGAACCCGCUGAUUCCCAGGGGUUCUCCGGGUUGCGGUUGCGGUUGCGGGCCGUGGCCGCCGUGGAUGCGACGACGCCUCGCGUCGGGGCUUGCUUCUGCUGCUACGGCUGCUGCUGCUAUCCCUGAUGCGAGAAAGCUCGGUGGUGCGAGAAAGCUCGGUGAUGCUCGACAUUCCCUGUCGCCGCCUAGGGUCCUCGAGCUGGACGCGGCGCCGCCCAUGCGCAUCGCUCCAGCGCUCCAGCCCGAGUCGAUGCACGAUGCCAUGAAGAGGCAGUUUCUCGACACGCUGGUAUACGACGUCAAGGAGGACGCCAAGACCAUCGAGGCCGCCGUCACGACCGGCUCCGUCAUGGACAAGGGCAGCGUCGUCUACGCCUCCGUCCGCGAGACGAACGCCAGCCGCCAGCGCCAGCACCGCGCCCUGUGGCAGCAGCUGCGGCUCGACGAGAUCCGGAAGGGCAAGGGCAGGGACACGGCCGACUGGCGCAAGGUGCUCACCAUUCUGUCGAACAGGGCGCCCAAGGUCGCGCGCACGCUGUCCCAGGCCAGCCGCACGCUCGUCGUCACGCGGCAGGUCGCUGAUCGGUUGCUGUACGGGACUGACCAGACCAUCUGGGACAUCGCCGAGAGGACCGACUGUCGGCUUGACAUGGACGAGUCGCCGGCCAGCGAAUCCCUACGGCCCCCUGGCAAACGCAUCGUUCUGAUGGGCUUCGAUCACGCCGUCGAGGCGGCCAAGGCCGAGAUUGCCUAUAUUGCCGGACAGGUUGCCGAAUCGAGCCCGCCAACGGCGGCGGCGACGACGAUGACGACAGCGGCUAGCGGUGUGGUGGAACACCAGACGCUGCCGGCGACAAGCUCGACGUCCAUCCAGAAGAACGGGCACAAAAGGAGCAAGCCGCGUCGUUGGACCAGCACAAAACCGCUGGAGAAACCUGGCUUCACUCCCGAGUGGACCAUACUCUAUAAAUUCGAAGACUAUCCCCGUCCGUUAUACUGGACGCCGGAAACCUUCGAGGCCUACGUCACGGCUCUCGUGCGGGCAAAGAUGCCGCACUACACGGCCACUGAGCUAUACGGAUCUGGCAUGAAGGCACGCGAGGCGGUGCUGCACCUCCUCAUGGACGUGUUCCAGUCCCGGGAAACCCGAUCAUCUCUCUCCACGAGUGCCUUCAAGACGGUGCUCAAGUGGAUGGGCAACCAUGGCGUGGUGUUCCGGCCGCAGGUGCGCGAGCUGUUUGUGCGGAUGGAGGCAGCGUCGCUGCCCAUGGACGUCGAGGUCUUCAACACAUUACUGACGGGCAACAUGAGGCUCGACGACCUCCGCAAUUUUGGGAGCAUCGUCUCCCUCAUGGCCCGUCGCGGCUACGUGCCCACGCUCAAGACGUGGUCGCUGUUCCUGGCCAUCGUCAAGAACAACGAGGUCGAGCAGCACGUACUCCGCGCCAUGAACGAGCGCGGGCUGCUCGACGACCCCCGCGCCAGCCGCAUGAUCGCGACGCGGUUCAUCAUGCACGACCUGCAGCAGGCGCGGCGCAGCUGGAGCGGCGUGUCGGCCUUUAUCGACUCGCAGAACCAGAAAUACGGCUUCGGCUGGAUCACGACGGCGUCCUUCAACAAUAUGCUCAACGAGCUCGGCCGGCAGGGCAAGCUGGCCUCGUGCCGAGACCUGCUCGACAAGGCGCCGCGCUGGCCCUCGGUCAAGGUGGGCACCAAGACGCUCAACACGAUGCUGAGCCACGCCCACAUCCAGCGGCAGCCCGCCGCGGCCGCGGCCGCGCUCUACCGCUUCUACCAGCACAACGUCGCCCUCGACAGCACGUCGUACCACGAGCUCUUCACCCUCGCCUUUGCCCUGCGCAAGCCCAACACAAUGGGCCUCGUGUGGCGCCUCGCCUGCAUCCACCGCUGCGAGACGCACGAGAUGCGCGUCCGCGUCGCGGCCAUCUACGAAGCCUGCCCCUUCCUCCUCGGCCUCCCGGAGACUGAACAACAGACCUUGGCCCAAGGUCGCAUCCCCUCCUCCUCCUCCUCUUUGCCGUCGCCAUUACCACCACAAUCAUCACCCUCAAACCAGCCCAAAGCGCAAUACGCAAACCACGCCGCCCUGCCCACCUUCCACGAACCCGACAUGCUCGCCGCCCUCCUCCCCCCCUCCCACGCCCCAUCCACCAGCGACAACAACCUCGCCCACCUCCCCGCCAACACGGGCUCCCGCAUAGCCCACCUCUACCGCAAACGCUACUCCCGCGCCAGCGACUGGCACCCCGCCCGGCCCCUCCACGUCCUCUUCGCCGAGGCCCUGGACGCCGACCGCGACCUCGAGCGCCGCCGCGCCACGGACCCCGUCGACGACCACGCGCCCCGGGGCAUCAGGAAACAGGGCCUCGCGCUGCCCUCGUCGCGGCCGCGGGCCGACGCGUCGGGGGGCGGAGAAACAAGAAACACCGACCCCCUCCGGGGGCGGUUGAAGGCAACCGAUGGCCAGUUGGAAUAA